UUCCGCCUGCGCCUCCCGUGUCUUCCGACGACGACGACGGCAGCGGCGGCGGCAGCGGCAGCUGCUCGGUCCUGAAGCUGUUAAGAUGCCUGCUCCCGUUAGACCCGCACUUCAUGGUCCGUUGGAGAAGGAGUAGUCUGUACACAAUGGAGGGACGUGUGUUUCCAGAGCAGGAGCAGCAGCUGCUGGUGUUUCUGAAGAGGCUAAAGGAGGUUUUUGACGUGUGUGACGAGGAUGCUGACGGAUUUAUCCGGGUGGAGCAUUUGCUGGAUCUCGGCGCACAGUUCGGUCAAGGAGACGAGGUGAAAAAGUUAACAAGGUACUUGGAUCCAAACGCUCAUGGGAAGAUCAACUUCAAAGAUUUCUGCCAUGGAGUAUUUGCUAUUAAAGGUUGUGAGGAAAUACUGAAGCUGGCGGUCGGACCUUGUACUCGGUCCCCCGGCUCGCCAGCUGUUACUGAUAAUGGCUACAUUUAUCAGGACGGCAAGGCAAAGUUGGCCCCCCCAAUUAUCAUGUGCACACACUCCACCCCUCACUCGAGAGCAUUCGCUGAUCCCUGUGGUCCAGAUGGAGAAUGUGUGAUGGACAGCAGCAUGGAAAGUUGCAACAACUCUGUGGAUAAGACUCGUCAAAAUCGCCACCUCCUGAGCUCGGCAACAGCAUCUGUUGUCUCUGGUGAGGAGCAGUUUGAGGACUAUGGUGAGGGAGAGGAUGUGGAUGAGACUAGAACUAAUGGCUCCUCUCUUCCCUCUAGUGGUGGCCAGACCCCCCAGAAGAUGCGUCAGCUGUAUAACAGCGAGUUGCUGGACAUCUACUGUUCCCAGUGCUGCAAGAAGGUCAACCUGCUCAAUGAUCUGGAAGCUCGUCUGAGAAACCUGAAGGCCAACAGCCCAAACAGAAAGAUUUCAAGUACUGCCUUUGGACGUCAGCUGUUCCAGGCCAACCACAGUGUGUUUGGAUCCAGUCAGGGCAGCAGUACAGAGGAUCUGUUCAUCGACAGUAUUGACUCCUGUGAUCUGGACAUCACAGAAAAGGUCAGUUAUUUGGAGAAGAAGGUGACAGAGCUGGAAAGUGAGAGUCUGGCCAACGGUGACCUGAAGUUGAAGCUCAAGCAGGAAAACACACACUUGGUCCACAGGGUGCACGAACUGGAGGAACAGGUGAAAGAUGCCGAGAUGAGAGCAGAUCAGUGUCUGGAGGAGGAGACCAAGAGACACAGAGAUGUUUACACAAAGAUCGAGAGAGACAGGAAUACAGAGAUGGACCUGCUCUGUAACAGACUGCAACAGCUGGAGGAUGAGAAUGUAGAAAUGAAGAUAAAUGUAUGCAGACUGAAGUCCCAGACAGAAAAAUUAGAUCAGGAGAAACAGAGGAUGACAGACAAGCUGGAAGACACAAGUUUGAGACUGAAGGAUGAGAUGGAUCUGUACAGGAAGAUCAUGGAUAAGCUGUGGCACAACAGGCAUGAAUUUCAGAAGGAGAAAGAGUCCAUGCAGGAGCUGAUAGAUGACCUCCGUCGAGAAGUCGACUACUUGCAGAUCUUUAAGAUGGAAAUGGAGAAUCCAGGGUCGUCCAAGGGGCUGGCAGAGUACAACGCGAAGACCAUCGAGAUGGAACAUGAAGUCAAAAGACUCAAACAGGAGAAUUUUAAGCUGCGGGAUCAGAACGACGACCUGAAUGCUCAGAUUCUCACUCUGAGUUUAUAUGAGGCCAAGAACCUGUUUGCCUGCCACACCAAGGCCCAGUGCCUGGCUGCUGAAAUCGACAACGCCUCCAGAGAUGAGCUCGUGGAUGCUGUUAAGGAGCAGGAAGAGAUCAACCUUCGGUUAAGACAGUACAUGGACAAAAUCAUCCUGGCCAUCCUGGACCACAACCCCUCCAUCCUGGAAAUUAAGAAUUAAGAACACUCACUCACACACCGUUGCACUUGUCGUGGUCAAACAAAUCACCUUUAAUAAGUGUAGAUGAUGAUGUAUAUUUAUAACAAACACAAAACGUGAAAGUAUAUUUUGAUGUUCACCUUGUACUUGUCACUGUUUCAGAGAUUGGAACAGGAGUUGUGCAUUUCAACUGAUGCAACGCGCUGACUAUAUCAGCGAGUAGCUUCGUUUCCAUGCCUUUUUUUUUCUUCAGUUCCCUCCUGCAGAAGUCAGAAUCACAAUGUGAACUGAAGCAAGUGCUUUAGAAUUAUGUAGAGUAGAGCAAAAAUGUUUUUGUGUUAUCUGGCACAGUUAUCACACAUGCAUCUGAUAAUGCCUCUCCUGCAAAGUGCACUUGGAGUUGGAGCAUCUCUCAACAAACGGCUGCUCUGGAGGUGGAUCCGAAACUGUCCCUGAUCGUAGAAGUUCUGGUUGAAAACUAUGAGCAUGGUAAGCUACAAACAGGGGUCUCCUUUAACUGUGCAAAUUGACUCCAGCCAUAAAAAUAAUUUCAUGGAUAAAAAAGGAAGGAUCAGUGGAGCAACACAUCUAAUGGUGACCAAUAGUCUAUUUUUAUAUUUUCACCACUUCUGACACCUUUAGUGUCACAAAUGAAAAUGAAAUGAAAAAUGUGUUUUGCACUUUGGCCAGUGCACUUUUGGUUGUGCACUAUGGCCAGUGGUGGGCAACAUUUAGCAGGAGCCAAUUGUUCCUUCAAAUGGGAUUAAAAUUAAGUUGGUUUUCCUCACCCCUCCUCUCUCACACUUCUUCCUUUCAUCUAGUUCUCACACUCUUUCACUCUGAAUAGCUUGAUUGCGCUUUAAUACUGGGAUAGGAGUGUUCUGUGGAUUUAAAAAAGGAAAACAAGCCGAUCCGCCAUUCAACCUGCUUAUAUCAGGGCUGAAAAUGGUGUUAGAGUUUCACCUCUCUCUCUGUCAUGCUCGCAGGCAAUCCACAAAUGGCACAUGGCCUGGCCAUUUCAGAGCACAUUUUAAUUUUAUAAAACAUAAAAACAGCCUACUAAUGAAAGGUUAUCCUCCUCUGUUUGGAUGUGGUUUAUGAUUCAUUUUUUUGCAUUGUGUUCUGCCUCCAGAAAGACGAAAAGUAAUUUCUAUUUUUAUGAAAUUCAAUUCUUAAUAUGACUUUAGACAUUAGGUUUGGGCUUUAUUAGAGAUCAACUAUGAAAUGAUGUCUGUUGAAGAUAUUAUUUGAACAAAAAGGAAGUCACACUGUAGGUGAUGCUGGAAGUUAUUGGUUGAAUUCCGAUCACUGUCACCAGUGUGUGUGUGUGUCCUCAGCCAUGGUUUUCCUGACUACUACUAUUGUCAUUUUCUCAUCAUUUCAUCAUACAAUGCUGUGAUAUUUAAUAUUAUUGGGUUCAUUAUAAUUGAGAUCUAAAACACAUCAGAAAUGAUCCAAAACACAGACUCUGAAAAGACAAUAAUAAAUCUGCCAACUAAAAAGCUUCAGUCCAUGUUGUUUAUCACUGAAGUAACAUAUUAUGGAUGUAGAAGAAAUUGAUUUGCUUUGUUGCACAAGUGGUUCACCUAGUUCUUAUUUUUACUCGUUGAUGUGUAUAAUGUUUUUCUGUCUCGUGCCAUUUAAAGUGUGUAUUUUAUACUUGCAUUUAAAAAGCAGAAGCAUAUUAUUGUUGUUGUGAUAUAACUGAAUGUCAAUGUACAAAAUCAAUGACUAUUUAGGAGGCACUCUGUGUGUUAGAGUUUUGCCAAGUAAUAAAAUUACGGUACAGCACUCAAACAUGCUGAGAAAAACACAUGUGCAAUGUGUCUCACAUAUGGAAAUUGUUGAAUCAAUAAACCCAUGGCUUUUGCCUGUCUGUAGAGUCUGCUGAUCUUGCAAGAAAUGGCAGCACUGUCCAGCUUGUCAUUCAAAUGCAAAAAAGUACUGAAGUGAAUUCAGAGAUGGGUUGUGCUGCACUGUAUUUAACACUACCCGAUCUGGUCUUCUCCAAUGGUUAUUGAUCACAGUAACUUUGUCCACAACAUGCAACUGCA